AUGAAGAAUCACAACAGUACUCUUGAAAUCACUGUGGUUGGAUGCACUAGACUGAAAGACACAGAAUGGAUAUCAAGGCAAGAUCCUUACGUUUGUGUUGAAUACGGAAACUAUAGGAAUCGGACUAAUGUUUGUACUGACGGAGGAAAAAACCCUACAUUCCAGGAGAAGUUCGUAUAUAGCUUUAUUGAAGGAUUAAGGGAUUUAAAUAUUACUGUUUGGAAUAGCAAUAGUGUCUCACGCGAUGAUUUUAUUGGCAGUGGAAAGGUCCAAUUAGCUAAGGUACUUUCUCAGGGAUUUGAUGAUAGCGCGUGGCCGUUGCAGUCUAAAUCUGGCAGGCAUGCUGGUGAGGUGCGACUGAUAAUGCAUUAUUCCGGUACCAAUAUUCCAGCUCACAGUUUUGCGCCAUCAGCUCCAUUCUAUGGUACACCAAGUGCACCCCAGGCCCCUGUCUACUCUGUGCCGCCGCCAUUGAUAGCUUAUCCACCAUCAACUCCAGUAUCCACUUAUCCACUAACAACUGCCACCCAAGCGUAUCCGCCUAAUGCAGGUGUUUAUCCACCAUCUCCAUACCCGCCUCAGGCUGCUCCUUAUCCUCCUCAGCCAUACCCUCCUAAUUCAGCUUAUCCGCCUCAGCCAUAUGGCUCCCAGUGUCCUCAUGGUAACUCCUCAUCUUUAUGUGAAUGUAACGUUUAUAGAGAUGGCAACAUCGACCCAUUUAUAUCCAAAUGGGUCGAUAUGAGCUAA